AUGAUUCCUCGCUGCUUUGCUCUCGUUGCAGUUGCACUCUCUUUCACCGUUUUUGCAGAGGCUCUGCCUAUCUCUUUCUAUGAAUCGCAGUCGCUCGUAAACUUGCCUACCUCAACUGCCGUUGGGCUAUCCACGUCGCUCCCGAUUCCUACGGAGACAAUUCCAACGGAUGCGCCUAUAACGAGCUCCCUCCCACUUUCAACACUUACAGACUCAUCUGCUGCCAUUUCGUUGACUUCGGUUCCUAUCCCAGGCCUGCUUGACAGCAUAUUAUCCUCAGUACAGUCUGGUACAGACAUUCCUCCAAACCAGGAUCCUUUGACUAAUCUUGGAGACUUGUCUGGCUCUGUCAGUUAA